AAGACAAAAGAACAUCAUUUCGAACCAAGAUGGCGGACGCGGUGGUYAAUGAAACUCUCUCGAAUCUAACAGCGGCUGUUAACGAAACAGCGAAAAAUGGCACGGGAAGAGCUGCCGCUACGCCUGAAGGACUACUCACAGCUUACUCUAGYCUUGUUAUUAUGGCGCUUGUGCCCAUAUUCUUUGGUUCUUUUCGCUCUGUAAAAUGUGUGAUCCGUCAGAAAGAAUCAGGUGAAAAGCCUGAGAGUAUGACUUCAAAAGAUGCUGCUAUGUUUCCCAUUGUGGCAAGUUGUACUCUUUUUGGACUCUACAUAUUCUUCAAGAUAUUCAGUAAAGAGUAUGUGAAUCUUCUCUUGACUUCAUAUUUCUUUAUCUUGGGUGUCUUAGCAUUAACCCAUCUUUUGAGGCCAACAGUGGAGUUGUUGAUGCCAUCUGUUUUUCCCAAUCAAGUGUACACCUUUGAUUUAACAGAGGGAAAAGGCGAAGAGAAGAAAGAAUUGUCUCACGUUGACUUUGAUCGAAUUGACUUGCUUUGUCUUGGUGCUUCUGCUGCAUUUGGUGUUUGGUACCUUUUGAAGAAGCAUUGGCUGGCCAACAAUAUUUUUGGACUUGCCUUUUCUUUGAAUGGAGUGGAACUUCUUCAUCUUAACUCUGUAGUUACAGGGUGUAUCCUUCUUGGAGGACUCUUUAUUUAUGAUAUAUUCUGGGUAUUUGGUACAGAUGUAAUGGUAACAGUUGCUAAAUCCUUUGAAGCUCCUAUUAAGCUGGUAUUCCCUAUGGAUAUACUAGAAAAGGGUUUAUCUGCAUCAAACUUUGCCAUGUUGGGAUUGGGAGAUAUUGUUAUUCCAGGGAUCUUUAUUGCUCUUUUGCUUCGAUUUGACAACAGUAGAAAUGGCAGCAAGAGYAUCAUYUAUUUUUAUGCCACUUUCAUUGCWUACUUUGUUGGCCUGGUAACGACRGUGCUUGUCAUGCACAAGUUUAAAGCRGCACAGCCUGCUYUGUUAUACUUGGUCCCAGCAUGCCUUGGUACACCUCUAGCCCUUGCUCUUGUCCGUGGCGAAAUCAAAGAGCUAUUGAAAUAUGAAGACCAUCCAGAGGAAGAGACCAAGGAUCAGUCUAAGGAAGAAGUUGUUGGAGAACAAAAUGGAGAMACAAAGAAAUCGCAGUAAAACUAAAGACAAUGAUACUAAAAGACUGAAUGAUUAAAACAGCCAGGACUUCUA